UACGUACCCGACCACUUGUGCGUAGGCCUUUACAUUACACCUCCAUGUGAUUUUUAACCCCUUUAUUAUUGUUACUCUUAUCUUUAAUUCUAUUUGAAAUGAUGAAAACUAUUAGAUUAUAUUUUUCGACUAAAUCAAUGGCACGAAGAAGAAGCUUGUUGAAAUAUCGAAGAAAAGGAGAAACUCCAAAUCCUGGCAUGGAUAAUAGAUUGAAAAAAUUAAAUGACAAUCAAGAUGAAAACCAAAAUUAUGAUUUUGAUAAUCUUCCAGAAGAUGUUGAUGAUUUAGAACCUAAUUUCCUUGAAGUUGGUAAAUCAUAUAAAAUUCAUGAGCGAGAACUCGAAAGAAGGAAGGAAAUAUUAAAAACUCAAAUUACUUUAGAUAGAUAUGUGAAAGAUAUGGAGCCGAGUUUUUUAACAUUUGCUGAAAAAGAACAAAUAAAACAUCUUCAUAAAAGUAAUCCGUAUGAAUGGACUGUUGAAAAGUUGAGUGAAAGUUUUCCAGGAUUACCUCACAAUAUUAAAAAAGUUUUAAAUACUAAAGGUACUAUCAAAUCAAAAAAUUAUAUUUUACAAUACGACCAAAAAGUUGCUGAAAACUGGAUAGCUUUUCGUGAAGGAGAAUUGUCUGUAAGUUCAAUGAUGACAAAACACCUUCAAAAAUUUAGUGGCAGGCAAAUAAUUUUCACCGAUAAAGAUAAAUUAGCAGAGCAUUUUAUACCACCUAAGGUAGAAUUUCCAAAACCAAAAAGUAAAUUAUUUUCAACAAUUGCUGAGAAAUUUUUAUUGAACAAAUCUACAACUAAAUCUGAUUCGAACAACGAUAACACUAAUGACAAGAAAGAAGAAAAUAAUAAUGACAAAUAUAUAUUUCAAGCUAAAAAACAAAAUGAAUUUUUUGAUGAGCAUAAUCACGUUCAGAAUUCAGAGUUUUCAAACAAUACUCAAGUUAAUGAACUCAUUUUGCCCCCGCAAAAAGAAAGAACAGUCUCAAUUUCUGAAAUUUCUGAAAAUGUUCUUGAAGACAAAAUUAGACUAAAAAGACGAAUAACUUUUGACGAAUUUUUGAAAAGCAAUGUGGACCGUACGGAAAAUUCAAAUUGUGUGGAAGACAUAGUUUUGAAAGAAAUUUAUAAAAAUCAAAUAGAAAAAAAUACUUUAUCUGAAAGCAAAAUUUAUUCAUCACCAAAAUUAAAUGAUGAUGAAAUUUCUGAAUCUAAAAGUUCCGAAAUUCCUCAAUCAUUUCAAAAGGAAAAAACGAACCUAGAAUUAGAUUAUUUUAAAAAGCCCGAAAACAAUAAUUCCAUUCUAUCACAAAAGACAGAAGUAAGUCCCAUGCCAAAAGAAAAAAAUUAUGAAAUCACGUUAGGGUCAAAUAGAAGUAGUUUAGACACUUACGUAAAAGAAUGGCAUAGAAAUAAUAUCGAUGAAGUUAAAGUUGCUCAUUAUAUAAAAAUUCCACAACGGAGAUAUAAACAAGGAAUGACAUACAGAGUGAAAGAUUGUUUCUAUGAUGACGAUGGAGAAUUUUUAUACCGCGUUCCAGGAUUACUCAUUGUGAAGUGAUUCAUAUGUUAAAAACAAUUUAUUAUACAUAAGAUUUUAGUUCAAUUUUGAAAAGUAACUUUAUUGUAAAUAACUUUUUAAAAUACAAACAAAUUAAAAUGUUAAUAUUUAUAAAAUGUUUGAAUAAACCACCUUUAUAUUUAGUGAACAUUUCAAAAUAUAAAGGUAUAAAAACA